GGCCUAGCUUAGUCGGGACUAGAGGAAAGGUCAGGGCCAAUCAUGGACGCGCUUGACCUCCGGUGAGGGCGUGACCGGACGAGGCUGAAAGAGGACUCAAAUCAACUUCUGCGCUUCCGCUUCCAAUAUUUGGCUGAUUUUUUCAACUCCUUCAUGUCUCUGAUCCUGCGUUGCAAUUUCCCAUUUGUGCUGAUGAUCAGGAGAUCUAAUUGACAGUAUGGAUCUCCUCACCCACUCGCUGGAUGCCGUCGGAAAUCUGAGCCUCGAGGCUACGAAGCGGACCAGCUCCAAAGAUGCCGUCAUCCUUCAAGUCGAAGAAGUCCAGCCUGCCCAGGGAUUCCUAGACCUCCCUCGCGAAAUCAGAGACCACAUUCUCUGUCUGAUGCUUCUCGUCGAAGGCAACCUUUAUCCAAGCAGAGAGCGAGCCGGAAUAUCCGAAUACCUGGGUCUUCUUCGAACCAAUCAUCAGGUCUACUCGGAAGCCGUCGAGAUAUUAUAUGGACGCAACACAUUCCAAAUCCGAAGCGCUCCUGCCCAAGAAGCACCAACCCUCCUAAAUCUCCUCUGCAGUCAAAGAAGAGAUGGCUUUCGUCAAAGUCCCAAGGGGGUGAUUGUCGACUACAACAGAGUCUGCCUUGCCCGACACAACUUGAGAAGACUCUAUAUCCCCUCUCAUAACAUCGCCUUCGAACAACUCAAGCACUUGUUCUCCCUGCUCAAACAUUUCCCAAAUCUCGAGGAUCUUCGAGUCGUGUAUUCGGGGGUGUCUUGGAUGAAGGACAUGGAUGUCGCAUUCUAUUGUCGCCUCUUGAGGGAUCGUUGUCCUUGGAUUCGAAAUUUCGUUCUCUUGAGAAGGAUCAGUUACGCCGAGGCAGAGGAUAUUUCUUGGAUGGUCGGCGAGAGACCCUAUAGCAACUGGUCGAUCGACACCUCGGACAAGAGUUUGAAGCACAUGUGGAGGAAUCAGAACGGUGUAUUGCGACAGGCUGCUGUGGUGAAGGCACCGCAGAACCUCUUGGAGUAGGAGGCCCUGUAGCUGUCGAAAAUAUCGUCCUCACUUCCAACUUCGACUUUGAUGCCCACCUUUGAACGCACGGGAUAUUUUCAGUACAGGUCGCUGCCACCAAAUCUUCUUCAAUGCUAUUUCUAGCAGCUUUCGGGUCAACUUCAGAAAGGCAUCAGGAACCAAGACUGACCUCGAUGAUGCGCUGUCGGGCGUACCACCAAUUUUCUCAAUAUCACAUUU